AUGACAAGUAAAACACAUAGUUAAUGGGGAAUGAUUCCUGGAGAUACAAAGAUGGAAAUUGAAAGAUAAUUCACUUUUUAUAACUUUGAAAAUCCUGAAGAUUUUGUUUUUAGGGGAAAGAAGCCACAUCUUUAAGAAUCAAAAAAAUUUUAUUUUUAAGAAUUCUAAGAGUUUAACAAUCCUUAGUUUUCUGAAGAUUAAACUAAAGUUGAUUUUGAUUAUUAUUAAUAUUUUCAUGCAAUUAAAUAAACAAACGCAUAAGAAAUACAAAAUUGUGUUAAUUUAGGACCUUUAAGCUUUUGGUACUAACUAAAAUUAGCAUCAGAAACCUAAAUAGGAAUAUAAGGAAAUGAUACAUUAGAUAACAAUUCAUAUUAUGCAGCAUUACAAUGGUCUUAAUAAGGAAUAUCUAAUAAUCCACCAAUAGGUGAUAAAAUAGAAUCGAUUACAUCUACAAAUACUACAACAAUCGGUUUUCCUGAAAUAUCAUUUUUUCUUUAAAAAUAUUUACCUAAUCAUAUCUCAAAUGAUACAAAAUAUCAAAAUUUAAAAUUUACUAAUGAAUGGGCUGAAAAAAUAAUGGAAUAUAUUGAAAAUCCAGUAAACUAUACUAUUUUUAUAAAAACUAACUACUCAUUACUUAAUUAAGGUAAUUUAAAAAUUUUAUAUUCUUGGGGAAAAUAAUUCGAAUAGACAUAAAAUGAGACUUACUUGUAAUUAAUUGCUGAUAGAUUUUUAAUUUCAGAAUACUAUUAAGAUUAAAUUAUUGACAGAGCCUUUGUUUUUUGGAAAUAUUGUAUUUAUAUAGUAAAUGAAUUUGCAGAAAUGAGAUCUAAAGGCGGUAAUUAAGCUUAUGCAGGCUUAGGAGGAAUAGGAAGAACUAAAAUUUAGCAAAUUUUCUUGGAUGAAAAUAUUUCAUAGUUUAAGGAUUUUUAUAUGUUUUAAGAACCAGCAUAAGUUUUAGAUUAUAUAAGAUAUAUGGUUAUUUUUACAGGCUUUGGAGGUUUGACAAUAAAAAACACAGCAUAUAAUUACCUAUUUGGAUAUGAAGAUCCGUUUUUAAUAAAUUUAAAAUAUUAAAAUCCUUAAUAAGGAGGAGAUCCGUCAAUAUCUUUAAUAGUUAAUUAUAAUGAUUUGAAUAUGUCAGAUCCGACUCAAGCUUAAAAAUAAGGAAUGUACACUGGAAAAGAAAAUAUAAAAUAAGUCAGAUAAUAUUAUUAAAUAAACUAAUUUCCUUAUGUUACAAUAAAUAAGUAAAUAUUUGAUGGAUUUUAAGUUAGUAAUUAAUUAGUCAGCCCAUGGGAUGAAAAUAUAUAAAUAUAAGGUACAGAUGCAGGAGCUAAUGAACCCGAUUUAGAUGAAGAUUCUAAUUUAAAUAUUUUUAUAAAUACCCUUUAUUAAGGAGGAUAAUUGUACAAUUACGAUUAUAAUAAUACUCUUAAUUUAACUUCAAUUUUAUCUGGACCAAUUUUUAAUACUAAAACUCAUAUGUUAAAUAUAGAUCCUGAUAUGACUUAAUUUAUAGAUGUUUAUAAUACAGACGGAAAUCCAUAAUAUCCAAGUAAUUGGGAUUAAACAUUUAUUUUGGUGGAACCAAUAACAGUAAUGAUACCCUUCUUUUAUGUACAUAGGUCCGGAAACUUAACCGAAGAUGCACCAUUUUAAUUAUAAUAUAUAUUUUGA